GUGUAUAGCGCUGUCACAUCACACAGCGCAGGCAGAAGACAAAUCGCACAUCACGCAGGGGAGUGAGUUCUGUUAAAAUUAUCGAGAAGUUGUAAACGGCGCUCUUUUGCAGUUUCGCUUCCAUACGACUGUAGAGGGAACUGAUACCAGGUUGAUUUUAAGACUGCACAGUUGCAGCUCCUUUCCAAAAACUACGUCCCAACUUUGUACUUUCUGACCUUCAGCGGGACAAGAUAAUCAUUGACCGGCCUUCUUCGUUUGCACUGCCUGUCUACAACUGCGUAUAAGUGUUUCAGCCCACUCAUAAGCAGGCACCCAGUCAUGUAGAGAGCAGCGCGUGGAGGACACCCAGAUCACUUUCAGCACUUUCUACACAAAGAGUUUCAUCUGACCAUAGAAGCCAGUGCUAUUUGAAGUUCGAGUCGUGUCUGAUAACUGAAUAUGCUGGAGUUUGUUUUUGGAUGAGCGAGGAGAAUCAUCCCAUUUCUAGAGACACCCCACCACUCUUCGGGCUGGACUGCACGGUGACAGCAGCCCGCCCCCCGCGUCCCCCAGCCAUGUCGUCACGCAUCGGCCUGCGCCUGCAGCUCAUGCGGGACCAAAUGCAGCAGGAGGAGCAGCGGGAGCGGGAGCGGCAGCAGCAACAGGCAGCAUCCAUGCAUUACAUGCAGAACCGCAUGCCAGGCCCACCAGCACCCUCGCCAGCCAUCAGCGCACCAACACACUUUCAGUCGCCCAUGCAGGUGCCUGUUGAAGUAUUAAAGGUGCAGACCCAUCUUGAGAACCCCACAGACUACCACAUUCGCCAGUCGCAGCGGCAGCAAGUCAAGGAGUAUCUGUCCACCACAUACGCCACCAAGCAGGCUGUGCAUGCGGUCACAAGCUUGGUACAGCCCUCUCCACCCACCAUGCCCCAGGGUCAGACAGGAUCCGUCCCACCAACCAUGCCCUCUCCCUGCAUGCGCACUGAGCAGCUCAUGACCUCUGCUGGGAACAGCGCACCCAACAGUCCCAUGGCCAUGCUCAACAUUGGCUCCAACCAUGAGAAUGAGAUGGAUGAAGUUAUUGAUGACAUCAUCAGCCUGCAGUCCAGUUAUGAUGACAUCCAGGCUUAUAUUGACCCCGUGGUCCAGAUGCCAAACACACUUCCACUGUCCAGCAGCCAUUUGGAUGUGUACAUGGGGCCAGGUAUGUCCGGAUCAGCUAUCGCCAUGACCAGCAACUCCUGCCCUGCCAACCUGGCCAUCAAGAGAGAACUGUCAGAUGCUGAAGCUCGUGCAGUGGCUAAAGAAAGGCAGAAGAAAGACAACCAUAACCUGAUUGAAAGGAGGAGAAGGUUUAACAUCAAUGAUCGAAUUAAGGAGCUGGGCACCAUGAUCCCCAAAACCAAUGACCUGGAUGUGCGCUGGAAUAAAGGCACUAUUCUAAGGGCCUCUGUGGAAUAUAUUAAACGCAUGCAGAAGGACAUCCACAGAACCAGAGAGGUGGAGAACAACUUCAGGAGGAUGGAGAUGGCCAACAAACAGCUGUGGCUCCGCAUUCAGGAGCUUGAGAGGCAGGCCCAGAUGCACGGCCUCCCCAACAGCUCUCCAUCUGGUCUGAACAACACUGAGCUUCAAAACUCCUUCAUCAAGCAGGAGAACAGCCCUGAGGAGAACCACCUCUCACACCAGCCCCAUCUCCCUCCUCACUACCCCCAGCAUCAGCAGCACCAGGGUCAGCCGCAGCCCCGGCCCCACACUCAGCUCCACCAGCACCAGCACCAGCACCAGCACCUUCACCCCCAGCCCCCGCUGCAGUAUCCAGCCGUGGGCAGCUCCCAGCACUUUGACUAUGCCCAGUCGCUGGACUUGUGCGACGGAGGCAUCCCAGGAUAUCAAGAUGGCAUGGGGGGCAUUGGGGAUUUCGGCUCGUUGGGCGGAGGUGUUGCGCCCAUGGGAAAGAAGAACGAUCUGGGCUUCUUGCUGAUGGAAGAGGCCCUGUCGCCGCUGGGAGGAGACCCGCUGCUGUCCGCCAUGUCCCCCGAGGCUUCUGUGGACAGCAGCCGCCGUAGCAGCUUCAGCAUUGAGGACUCAGACAUACUGUGACCUGGACAGCCUUAGGUGUUGCUGCACAACGUGCAUAUAAUGCGACACACACACACACACACACACACACACACACACACACACACACACACACACAGAUGUUGCAUUUAGUCUGGCACACUGUUAAUGGGGAAAGGUACGAUACUGAUGCACCCUGCUACACUGAAACAAGAGUUUAGCUACUUUAUCUGACAUGCUAAGCAAGAAACAUGGUUUUAGUUAAAUCAUGCAACAGUUUUGUUCCACAACUGUCACAGAAACGAAAAUCUGCAUAUGUUGAUAAAUGCAUUAUAGACUAACUGAACAAACAGAACUGAGAUGCUUGAAUUCUAUCACCGAGAAUUGGCCUAUAUUGAAUGUUUUGUAUAAAAAAUGUCCUUGGACACAUACAGAUUGCCAUAAAGCCAUAGUUCACCCAAAAAUGAACAUUUUGUAAAUUUUCUCAGCCUCAUGUUGUUACAAACCUAUAUUUAUUUCUUCUGUUGAACACAAAAGAAGAUAUUUUGAAGAAUGCUGGUAACCAGACAGUUGCUGGUAGCCACUGACUUCCAUAGUAUGAAAGAAAAAAAAAAAACACUGUGGAAGUCAAUAGCUACCAGCAACUGUUUGGUUUCCAACAACAUGAGGGUAAGUGUAUGAUUUUGGGUGAAUUAUCCCCUGUAAACUUUUACAUCCGAACCACUCUUACACUCUCACAUUCUUUAUCUGUAGAAUUAUAUUUUUUCUGCUUUAAUAUGUCAGCCAUUUCCCACAUGUGAGACUGUCACACUCACUUGAUGUCCUCUGAAUCCAGACAGACGAGAUUUUUGGAGGAUUUGUUUUUUUUCUCUCUUGAAAUAUAGGCUACCGCCACAUCACAACGCUUGCUGUAUCAGAGCAAUAUGCAAAGGCAGCUUAUCCUUAGUUUAUCAAAAAGCAGGAAGGAAAUGGUUCACACAGCCAUGGAAAAUAUCAAAUUGUUUUCUUAAUUUAGAUUAAUAAAUUAAUACAAUCUUAAUUAAAAAUCAUGUGACUUUUAGUCAGUUGUGAGUGAAUCAUUCUUUUGAUUCAGUUCUUUUAAAUGAAUCGGACAAAAAGAUUCACAAAACGGUCUGAAUGAUUCAUUAGCAAAUCGGUCUGAAUUUGAAUGAUUUUUAAAAGUCCUAAUCCACUAAUCACACUGGGGUCCUGGAAAAAUCACUCUGAAAGUGCCCUGUAAUAUCCAUGAAAAAUAUUUUCAGCAUGUUUUUUUUUUCAUUGAUCAGUUUAGGCCAUACUCAGUUAUGACUGUCCACCGACAUGGAGAUACUUGGAAAGAAAGCUAUCAAAAGAAACCUGCCAUAUCACCCUAGCAUUAGCUGUACACAUGCUUUUUUUAUGUAGCUGCUGUUGUCAACAAUGACGCCAGGCUUCUGUUGGUAUAACAGGCCAGACCAGGUGCUAGUGUGACAGUAUGUUCAGUGGACGGUGCAGCAGAAUGCAGUAUGAAUUAACCAUAAAUUAGUCCUGUUGCCACACACACUGCUACUAAGAUGCCUUAAAGCCAAGGCCAGAUUCUUCAAGAAGCACGGGCUCAAAUGCCCAUGCUGGCACUCUGUAAAAUAAAGCUGACAGCUGUGAGCCCCAUUUGCCAAAGUGAAGUUCAUACAGCCCAAGGUGCCUUUCAGGAAACCUGGAUCAACUUGAAAUUUGAUCCAGCUUUCGAGCUGUACAGUGAAGGAGUUUGAAUAUGUAGAAAAUAUAUGUGUAUUAUUAUAGGCUUUCUUUUUUUCUCUCUCUCUCUUCUCAAAGCACUGGAAAAAUAAUAAUAAUUUUAUUGAUAUUAUAAAGAUUUUAUGAAGUGAGUUUAAUUUCAAAUGUUUUAUGCCACUAAGCCACUUAAAUGUACUUUAUCUGUUCUUUUUUUUUAUUUUUAAAUUUUUCUAAAAACAAUUUUUACUAUAUCACUGCCGAGCCAUUGAAAUAUAAAAAUAUUUCUGCCAUUCUAUUAUAAGUGCAGAGCCAUAUUUUUUUUUUUUGUACAAAAUCGUUAAAACACAUUAGGCUUUAUGAGAUUAAAAGAACAUAUGUAAUGUUGUUUUUGUAUUGAUUUUAUUCCUUUUUUUAAGAAAAAGACAUUUGAGGAAACGUGAUACUGUUGAGUGAUGAUUCAUUGUUCAUUCAGUUUUAAUUAAAAUGUGAAUGUGAAUUUUAUUGUACAGUUAAAUCAAGGUGGCUUGUAAACUGCCUGUGUUGAACAUGAGCUUUAAUAGAACCAAUGCGCUGUCCUCAGAAACCGUAUGAUGCACCUCCAGUGUCUUAUUGCCUAACCACCUCUCCUGGUUUUACUGCUUUAUUGUUUUAAAGGUACGGUUCAUAGGUGCUGAAAUGGCACCGUUUAAACCUCAUGAAUUAGCUUUGAAAAUACAGGAGAGACACCGCAGGUGUAUUUUAUGCAUUAUUAUCACAGGUAUAUAACAAAUUGCUUGGAUCAUGCCAAGUUAAAACCAGCCGACAACUCUUGAUGAGACUUGGUUACUCUAUGCAAAUCUUUGACUUGGUUAGCUAGAAUAGGCAUAGUGUAGCGAAAUAAGCAAGGGCAUUUUGCAUAGCAUGAAGGGGCUUCAAAUUUUGCUUGUGUGACUUUUCUUGUUUUUAGCAAUGCACCAGGAAUGAGAAGGUUUGCCAUUUAAAAUGAAGAGAAAUCUCUUGAAGUAAAGAGUAUGCUUUGGUAAAAUAUAUUGAUGAUUAAAAAGAAAAGGAAAAAAAUAUAUACACACUUUGGCAUUUCAUUUUACAGCAUGCUGAAAGACUAUACAAGGAGAAUGUGUCUCAAGUUUUUACCAAAACCCUUUGAAGGCCUUGAGAAUGUUUUAGUACUGUGGAUGUGUCAUGUUUAUGGGAUUUGCUCUUUCAUAAAUAUCUGGAAAAAAAAAUAAAUAAAAUGGCACCGCACAUUAAAUGUAUUUUAGUUGA